ACCUUAUCGUUGCUUUUCGUUUUUUUGAGAAAGGCGCCGAAAUUGUUUUAAAAUUGAUAAUUAAAUGAAAAUAACGUAUGAGCGAAGAUUAUUAAAAAUAUGUCUAAACGAAACAUAUUCCCUCAACAGAAUGGCGAAAGGAAAAAGGCGAAACUAGAUUUAACAGUAUCCGAUCACAAUUUUCCACUGAGUCAAAACUUUGGAACUGGCAAAGAUGGUGAUCAAGGGCAUACUUGGGGUGAUGAUAAUGAUGACGAAAUCCUCCUCCUUGCAAGCCAAGCGUGUGAAGAUGCUUACAGUGAACAUAGCAUCAGUGUUCUUCCUAACUACAGCAUAUGCAUGCAACCUACAACCACUAGCACUCAACUCUAUGAACCUGUACCAAGCACUUCCAAAGCUGCAUUCACGUUCAAAAAACCAACUUCAACCCCAUUAAAUACAGUCACUACCAAGUUAAAAGACAAAUGCGAAAGAAUAUCAUCACCAUUACCAGGCAUGUCAAAAGUAUGUAAAUCUGAUGGUAUGCAUAUAAAUGAUGAUAUCAUAUUAAAUGAUGACAUAAGCAAUCAGAACUCUGAUCAUAUUUACCGCCAAUUGCUGAAACUACGAGAGGAAAAUGAAAACUUGAAGUCUGAAAAUGGAAAGUUGUUAGAGAAAUGUGUCACUAAAGAAGGCGAGGCUUCCAUCCUUAGGACUCAGCUGAAGACCUCUCAGAUUGCGGUUGAUAAAGUGAGGCUGGAAAAGAUUCAGAUGCAAGAGAGAGUCCAGAUGGAAUGGUCAGAGAAAUUGACUGGGGCCAAUAAACAGAUGCAUGAUUUGAGGACUCAGUUGGAGAUUAAGAACUUGGAGAUAAUAAGUAUGAAAGAGAAGUGCAAAAUGCUAGAAUCAAAUAAAGUGAAGUUCACUCAAGUUACUGUGGCUGGAAAUGACAUAUCAAUGAGCCAGAGAAACAACAAUAGCUAUGCAGGACAUAAUGCAGUGACUCCACAAUUCAAGAAACCAAAAACUACAUCUAGUUCUGCGCAAACUGAGGAGAAAUCACAUUUUAUACAACUUAACAUACCAGCAAGAGAAGGACCGUCAAAACUGACUCAGAUUCUACCUCUCAUUCUACCACCAACAACUGACCAAUACUCCAUACUAGAGUACAACGACAAACUAAGACAAUCCUCGGAAUCUAAAAAGUGCCGCAUAUACAGCACUUUCCAUCGCCUGCCUCAAACACCCAGAGUCUGCAAAGAUAAGGAAAAGAUAAAAAAGAUAAACUUGACCCGUGUCUACGAAAGUUUGACAAAAAUGGCCGCUUGUGGGAAUUGGAUGGUGGAAGAUUUUUUGGAAGUAUUCACAACAACUAAAGAGCUUUUGCGCAAUGUUCAAUGUGAACUAGAAACAGUGAAUCAACAUAUGACGACCGCAUUCCAGAAGGAAAUGGACGAGAAGUAUAUUGACGUCACUUCUAGCUUGUUACUCGUUGACAAACUGGAUUUGUUGAGUGCCAGGCCUCUGUAUAAGGAAGAGCAGGCAACAUUAGCGCGCAGAAUGACUGCUGUUUUAGUUUAUAUUCUAGAAGAUUCUAGAUGUAAAGAUAUUAUUCAUAAACUACUUCAAGAAGAAGGAUCAAAGAAAGAGACAGAUUUUGUAAAUAUUUUAAGUAAAACAUGUACUUUAUUGGAUAAUACUACAUGUGCCAUACUAUACAGCGGACUUCUGCUAUCGAUAACAUUAAUAUUGAAAGAAAUAAUCUCUUUCACAUCAUCACAAAAACCUAUAAUAGAAAUUGUAAAAACAAUCAUUCUUUCCCGACCUAUGCCUUUCGUUAUAACCGAAAUUCUACACUUACUCAGUCAAAUUGUAUCCAAGAAGUCGGUAAACGAAGUGUGUUGUCAAGGUAUUAUAGGAAACUUGAAAAUGGAUAGCGACCAAGGAGUUUUGCUGUACAGAAAAGAUUCUUGUAUACUACAAGUUAUGUUGAAACAGAUAGAGGGUGCUCUGAAGUGUACAGAAAGAGGGAGGAAAGUGGAGCACGCUGUAUACAAUACUAGGAAUCUCAUUUUACUGUAUAGUAGUAUAAGUUGUAGUUACACAGACAGUCAGCAAGAAAGAUGCAGAUGCGACUGUCAACUGGUUUUGAUGCAAGUGAUGGUGUAUGGACUGAAUGUAUGCGCAAAUAUGUUGAAUACAGAAAAGUAUGCAGAUAAUGUACAAACAGACAUUCUGUCCGUAUGUCGCAGUGGCGUACAGUUACUGUACCAGUGCAUUUUGAGGAACGUGGAGUUCGCUUUCCAGUUGGGGCACAACGAGGGGCAUCUAUUGGAACUUUGCGAGAUACUGCAGGGUUACAAACAUUCAAAUAUUUUUAAUGUCAUGUUAUCAGAGAUUACGAGUACAUUCCAACUGGCUGCAGAAGAACAGUCUGCCACUUACCAUCAGGAGGCCUGGAUUAAUAGCUUCCAGAACUUCACCGUCACAGACUAAUUUACUGUUUAAUAUUAUAAACGCGAAAGUGUCUCUCCAUCUGCUAGCUAUUCACAGCCCAGCAGUUUAACCAAUUUUGAUGAAAUUUGGUACAAAGUUAGCUUACAUUCCGGGGAAGGAUAUAGGCUACUUUUUAUCGCUGAAACACAAAGAGUUCCCACGGGAUUCUUAAAGGUCCAUCUGUUUAACCGAUUUAUAUGAAAGGAAUUUAUACGGAAACUGAAUUGGAAACCUUUUUAUCCCGGAAAAUUAAAAAGUUCCCACAGGAUUUUAAAAAAACCUAAAUCCACGCGGACGAUGUCGCGGGCAUCAUCUAGUCUAUCUAUAAAUUAACGAUUACAUUUGUUGUAUUGUACAUGCGUGUGUGGCCAACAGGUGGCCGCUAGACUGUGAUUUAUAUUUUUACGUGCAAAUAUUUAUUAUAGAUUAAAAUAUGUCUUU